AUGGCCAGAAGUGGAAAGAAUCCAGACAUACGAUAUUGUAUGAUGGCACAGGCUAGCUCCUUGACAACUAAUAUAGUUUUGGCCCUUGUAGUAGUUUUGAUGACUCUACUAAGGCAGAACAAGUCGUUGCAGAAGUGGUUUGUAUCGAAUGUGGAAAAGCUUUUGUUAAAGAAAACCAGCACAACCCAAAAAGUCAAUAUCUCGUCACCUAGUCUGAAACUAGCUAGGGAUGAGGAAUCCACGGGUGCUUAUCAGCCCAAUUUUCCCAAGCUGAGUUCUGGAGGUCCAACGCUUUUCGAAUUAACACAAAACUUGAUCCGUUUGCACGAGUAUCGAGCAAGAGGCGAAAGCUACAAUGGCCUUUUGUUUCAGAGAACGAGACAAUUGGAUGAAAGUUCACAAGAUCAGUUGCGGCAAUUGGGCUACUUUACUAAAUUAGUGAAAAGUAAUGAAGGAAUUCGCGAAAAUGCCAAGAUAAUUGAUAAGAUAAUCGAGCAUACUUUGAAGAAAUUGGUGCACUCUAACGAACAGGAUAGGGAAUUUACGGAGGAAAUUGAGAAGAUUUGUGGGGAGCAUGGUUAUGAGGUCAGAGAUGGCCAGCUAACUCAGUUGAAGCCGAACUCCCAGUUCCCGGUGGUGUUAUCUCGAGGUAGUCAAAACGCAGUACAUGAAGCACUGGCCCAUUUAUGUCGAGAUUUUAGCUCUUAUUAUAGCAGAGAAAGAGAUCCUUUACAAAAAUUCAUCACCAACAGGAUCAGAAACCACGUGGUUGGAUCUGGGUCACUGAAAGAGAACAUUUUGAUUGUGGUACCUGGGGCUGGCGUUGGUGGUUUGUCUCAUGGUCUUUCAAGUGCUUUCCCCCACAUGCGUGUAGAUUCCAUUGAAUUGUCAGCAUUGAUGUACAUAUGUAACUUGUUUGCCCUUGGAUAUGACCGGGAUGUGAAAAUACGACCUUUUACACAACAGUAUUCGGGUCAAACAGAGUUUGGCAAUCAGUUGAGGGCUUUAUCGGCGGAUUUGAGUAAAUUUAAUCAAUGUGAUAAUUUGAAUCCACUAUGGGGGGACUUUAGACAGUAUUCACCCAACGCUAAAAACUUUGAUAAAAUCAUCGUUUGUAGCGCAUAUUUCAUAGAUACUGCAGAGAAUGUUUUUGAUUAUUUGGCCAGCAUUGAAGCAUUAAAAGGAUUCUGUAAAGAGCUACAUUGGGUUAAUGUAGGGCCAUUAAAAUAUGGUACCAAACCUUUGGUCCAAUUUACAGGAGACGAAUUAAAACGGCUACGUAAGAUUCGUGGUUGGAAGGAUCUUGUGCAAACGUACGAAGUUGAUUACUCUAAGGGACUGAAUGGUUAUUUGACUGAUUAUGAGUCUAUGUACCAAGGUUACUAUGGUUUGCUUAAAUUCCAUUCUGUUUUCGAAAACUCUGAUUAG